AUGGAGACGAUACUCGAGAAGACAAAAGGGGCCUCCUCCCCCCCAAAGAGGAGAUCUCGCAAGAGCACGCCCAAGAAAAGAGCUCGACGAGUAAAGUGUGACGAGGAGAAGCCCGAGUGUCGGCGGUGUCUGCACACCGGGCGAACAUGCGAAGGCUAUCUCGAUCUCGGUCCCGAUCCCGGUUCAAGGUUGGACUCAGCAGUUCGGCGCCAGCAGCAGCAGCAUCUGCCGCUGGAGCCGGCUUCGAUCUCGACAUACAGCAUCCCCUUCAAAGUCCCCGGCAGCCAGGCCGACCGCCAGCUGCUCCACUACUUCUGCUGCCAGGCCGCGUGGGACCUGUCCCGCUGCGCGGAUCCGGCGCUGUGGACGCAGCUGGUCCUGCAGCGCGCGAGCCAGCAGUCCGUUGUCCGCAACGCGUUGGUCGCGCUUAGUGCGCUUCACAAGGACUACCUGUGUGGGGAAGUAGUGGGAAUUGACCACUACCAUAGUGAGUCGAUGACCGUGACAGAUACGCCAGAUGCAGACGACAACACCCCACCGCGAGUAAUGCUGAGCCGCAAUCACAGGACUGUGGGCAUGAUCACCAGAUGCCACCGGCAGCUGAGGAAGUAUCUGUCGCGCGUGGAUGCGUCUCCGGCCGUGGCGCUCGUCUGCAGCGUCAUCUUCUACGCCUUCGAGUCCCUGCUGGGCGAAUCGCAGCAGGCGAUCUGGCACCUGGACCAGGGCUUGCAUCUGCUGGAAAGGUGUCAGCGCGACGGAUCGUUCGACCCCCACGACCCCUUGGUUCCACACCUCACCACCCUGCUGCACCAAUUGGAUCUCCAGGCCAGCUGUUUCGACGACCGCCGUGCGCCCGUCCUGCACCUGGCUACCGACGAUGAGAGGACUGGCGUCGUCGACAUCGUCCCUAAGACCUUCCUCGACCUGACCCACGCCGAAGCCGUGCUGGCUAAACUCCAGAACUGCACCCUGCACCACCUGGUCGACUAUGUCCACUUCCGAGGAGCGAAGAUGGAGCAUCUCCCCUCGCAGUCCUUUGUCGAGAGACUGGUGCUUGUGGCACAGCUACACAAGUACGAGGCCACGCUACGCAACUUCAGCUCGCGCGAGGACUUGACUAUUUCCAACAGUUCGGCGCAUACGCAGCGAGAGGACCACCGCCAACAACGCACGCAACGGAUCAUGCGUCUGCGCGUCAACCUGUACAUGUUCUUGUAUCUGGUCAAGGAGCACAUCCCAUUCCCAAUGACGACGGCGUACGAGAUGGCACGACAGCUGGCUGCAGCAGCGGACUCGCUCUCAGGGUAUCCUCGACGAGCAUUUACUUCGGGAACUGCGACGCCGAUCAGCGACGCCGAGGAGGACCUGGAAAGCGCGCUCUCAUGCAUCACCGCGCUCCUGUCCCAUGCGGCGGCGGCAACAACAACGACGGAGAAGUCACCCACGUCCACGUCCACGUCCCGAUUCUCACCUCCACCUCCGUCCACCACCGCCUCGUCUGGCACGCAACCUACCGGGACCACCUACACGCUCUCGACCCAGCUCGUCGCGUCGGUGUAUUUCCUGUGCCUGAAGCAGACGGACCCGCGCACGCUCGCCCGCGGCGUGGCGCUGUUCGCACACCCACAGCUCCGCCACGCCCGCGACGGCCUGUGGGACACACGCACGGCGUCCUUCCUGGUCGAGAACCUGGUCAAGGUGCGCCAGCACGGCACCGUCACCGAGGGCCGCAGCGGCAGCGACAUCCUGGUGCAUGUUACCUCCUCCUCCUCCUCCUCCUCCUCCGGGUACCACGGCCGCGGUCACGACGCAGGGGUCGACCUCGCCAAGCUGCAGUGCAUCUUCCGCAUCAGCGCGAGGCAGGGCCUGCCGAUGAUGCAGUCCAAGAGGUUCACCAUGCUGUUGUCGCGCAGAGGUGGUGAUGAGACGGCGCCGGUGCUGGCCAGCAAUGCACACUCGACCUCAACCUCGACCUUGACAAGGGUGGAGGAGGAUACGGCGGCACAGCAGCAGGGCAAAAGUGCUGCUGGCGGGUUCAAUGCCGCUGCCGUGCACGAAGGCAGAGGAGGAUAUAGCCACUUUGCCGCGCCACCUUGA